UCCUCAUGGUUGGUUCAGAAGGAAGGCGCUAGUCCUCUGAAACUUGAGGUCGCUUUCUGAGAACCACGAGCCCGAGGCCCUACCCUCCGCCGGGGCGCACAGGCUCUUAAAGCGGCCCGCGGGAAGCCACUCACCGUCAGAGACGGCUGGAGCUGAGGCUGCGCCAUCGUCGCUGUCGGCGGCCAUGACACCGCGGGUCCCUCGCCUGUACGGUCUCUGGUCAAUCAUGAAGAAGCCACGAGCAGCUGUGGGAAGUCGAAGUCGUUGCAGGAAGCAGGCAUCCAGCCAGGAGGGAAGGGAGAAACGUGCCCUCAGCAGCAGACAGGCCAAGUCCUCUGCACCUGAUGCCUGUGCAGGGACAAUCCCUGAGUUUUCUGAGGCCCCAGCAGGCCUCGCCAGGCGGCAGGAGGAGGUGGUAUUGCAGGCCUCUGUCUCCCCGUACCAUCUAUUCAGAGACACAGCUGAGGUCACAGUCUUCCGAGAGAGCCUGCUGAGCUGGUAUGGCCGAGAAAAGCGAGACCUACCCUGGAGAAGGCGGGCGGAGGGUGAGGUGGACCUGGACAGGCGGGCAUAUGCCGUGUGGGUCUCAGAGGUCAUGCUGCAGCAGACCCAGGUUGCCACGGUGAUCAGCUAUUAUAACCGAUGGAUGCAGAAGUGGCCAACGCUGCAGGACCUGGCCAGUGCUUCCCUGGAGGAGGUAAACCAGCUCUGGGCUGGCCUGGGUUAUUACUCUCGAGGCCGGUGGCUACUGGAAGGAGCCCAGAAGGUGGUAGAGGAGCUAGGAGGCCACAUGCCACGCACAGCAGAGACCCUGCAGCGGCUCCUGCCUGGUGUGGGGCGGUACACAGCCGGAGCCAUUGCUUCCAUUGCCUUUGGCCAGGCAACCGGUGUGGUGGAUGGGAACGUAGUACGGGUGCUAUGCCGUGUCCGAGCCAUUGGUGCUGAUCCCAGCAGCACCCUUGUCUCCCAGCAGCUCUGGAGCCUCGCCCAGCAGCUGGUGGACCCAGCCCGGCCAGGGGACUUUAACCAAGCAGCCAUGGAGCUGGGGGCCACAGUGUGUACCCCGCAGCGCCCACUCUGCAGCCAGUGCCCUGUGCAGAGCCUGUGCCGGGCUCACCUGAGGGUGGAGCGAGAGCAGCUCUCAGUCUCAUGGAGCCCGCCAGGCAGUCGUGACGUGGAGGAGUGUGCUCCCAACACUGGACAGUGCCAGCUGUGUGCACCUCCCACAGAGCCCUGGGACCAGACCCUGGGAGUGGCCAACUUUCCCAGAAAGGCCAGUCGUAGGCCCCCCAGGGAGGAGUGCUCUGCCAUCUGUGUUCUGGAGCAGCCCAGGGCCAUUGGGGGUCCCCGAAUUCUGCUGGUGCAGAGGCCCAACUCAGGUCUGCUGGCAGGACUGUGGGAGUUCCCAUCUGUGACCGCAGAGCCCUCAGGGCAGCACCAGUGCAAGGCCCUGCUGCAGGAGCUGCAGAGUUGGGUUGGGCCCCUCCCAGCCACCCGCCUUCAGCACCUGGGGCAGGUGGUCCACACCUUCUCUCACAUCAAGGUGACAUAUCAAGUAUAUGGUCUGGCCCUGGAAGAGCAGACCCCAGUGACCAUCGUACCACCUGGCGCUCGCUGGCUGACCCGGGAGGAGUUUCACACCGCCGCUGUCUCCACCGCCAUGAAAAAGGUGUUCCGCAUGUACGAGGGCCAACAGCCAGGGACCUGCAAGGGUUCCAAAAGAUCCCAGAUGUCCACCCUGUCUAGACGGAAAAAGCCCAGCCCAGGCCAGCAAGUCCUGGAUAGUUUCUUUCGGCCCCACAUCCCUGCUGAUGCACCUGGCCUCAGCGGUGCAACCCAGUGAUGUCUCUGGAAGCCCCCACCCCCUGGGAAUCCUGUUUAAUAAAGUGCUUAUUUUUGUAGUCAUUCUGGAGACUUUCC